UCGUGGCUGCCAUGAUUUCGGGCAAAAAACUCCAUAACUAGGGCACCCCAAGUUUCCAAUUACCAGGCUGACGCUAGGAAGAUGUAAUCUGACGGAGUAUUCCCGUUGGUUCUACAAGCAAUUCGAUAGAGGGCAUUCGAAUUGGUGGGUUUUUUUGUUUCUUUUGGUGCAAGUAAGGAAGAUGAAGGGGCAACAGCAGUUUGAUCGAACCAAGGUGGUGCUUCGCCACUUGCCGCCCACCAUUUCCAAGGCGGCGCUCCUCGAGCGGAUCGAUUCCGUCUUCGCCGGUCGCUACAGUUGGCUCUCCUUCCGCCCCGGCAAGAACAGGCAGAAGCAUUCCUUUUCUAGAGCAUACCUCGACUUCAAGAAGCCAGAGGACGUUGUUGAGUUUGCUGAAUUAUUUGGGGGCCAUGUCUUUGUUAAUGAAAAGGGCAUUCAGUUCAAAACUACUGUCGAGUAUGCCCCUUCGCAACGUGUUCCAAAACAAUGGUCAAAGAAGGAUGGUCGUGAAGGAACCAUAAAUAUGGAUUCUGAGUAUCUGGAGUUCCUUGAGUUUCUGGCGAAGCCUGCUGAGAAUCUUCCUAGUGCUGAGAAAGAGUUGGAGAGAAGAGAAGCAGAAAGAGCUGUUUUAGGUGCUAUGAAAGACACUCCUAUAGUUACGCCACUGAUGGACUCUGUUCGUCAAAAAAGAGCUGCAAAGGGUGGAUCUUGGAGGUCAUUGUCUAAUGGUAAAUUAAGGCGGCAAGGUGUUGGAUCAUCAGCGGAAGGUCUUAAUUCAGGCUUAUCAAAGCGAGGAACUGAUAGGAGAAGGAAUACCACUAAAAUGUAUGUUUUGAGAGAUGCUAUCAAAAACACUACUGUCAGAGGCAAGUCAAAAUACAUUGGUGUGGCUAAGCGAGAUACUUUCUCUUCUACAGCUGGAGCUGAAGUGUUAGAGGAAAGUGGGAAAAAGAGAGUUCUGCUUCUGACAGCGAAAGAAAGGGAGACAUCUCAUGUGUCAACCAAUAUUCCACAGCAUCAGAAUACUUCAACUAAAAUUAUUGUCGGUUUAAGUUCCCUCAAGCAGAUCGAGCAAUGCAAACGUAGUGGGGGAAGGAUCAGCAAAAGCAUACUCCAGAACAAGAAUGCCUGUCAAUAUCAUUCUUCCGCAAUUCACUCUGAUAUGCAAAUCCAGGCACCAAAGAUGGAAAAGGACAAACGGCAUUCUCGACCUCAACAUGGACAAGUAAUUUUGAAGGAUACUAAUGGUGCUAUGGACUACAAGGGUGUUGGGAGUGACAUGCAUGGUUUUUGUAGUGAGAAAAAGGAGAAACGUACCAGGAAUAAGGAUCGACCUGACCGUGGUGUAUGGGCACCUCGUCAUCAUUCAGAUGGAUCUCUUGCAAAGGAUGAGUCCCCGUCGUCCGUUGCUUCUCAACCUGCACGGUUCGUGGAUUCUUUAGAAGGCUAUCAUAAACAUCUUGGUCGCUGUGGAUCAAUGAAUAAUGUAAAGGAAGGUGAUGGCUCGUUCAUUGCAAGUGAAGGGAAGCAUUCAAAGAGUGGUGGCGCCUCUAGUUGUGGUUCCCAUGAGUUCUAUAUCUAUUUUCAAUGCAGAAACAAGUAUGGGUUCGGAAGUCGAGUUCGGGUUCUUAAGACUUUUGGUGACCCCUUAAUUCGGAGCAUGCUUAUGCCAGUGGGUUGAGGCUGUCUAAAGCUGCUAGACAGAUAAUAAGAUGCAAAGUUUGAACCACAACAAACGUUUGAUUUGGAAAAUCCUAUCUGAGUGAUUUGGAUGUUGCCUGUUGGUGUGAUUAGUGUUUUGUGAGUUGAAAAUUAGUCGUCAGUUUGUCAAUGACAGCAUGAAUUAAUAGGAGGACAAGAAAAUAUAUUGGCAUGUUAUAUUGUAUAACACCACAGUUUUAUAAGGGGGCCUCUGCGGGUUGGUGUGGAGGAGCCACGGACAAUGAAUAUUCAUAGUCGACAAAAAAUGAAUGUUUGGUUCAUGGAUUAA